CGUCACGAUUGGGCAGAUUAAACAAGUUUGACGAGUUCGCUCCAAAUCCAUGUAAAUUUAAAGCUGGUUGCGGCAUGGACAAAAACAGCGCGGACACUGCUCUGUGGAAAUAACACCAGAUUUACUUCGCUUCACACGAGUUUGAACUAAUGCUUGUGUGAUAAAAGAGAAGAUCUGAACACGUCGUGGGUGCACCUGACGCACGUCUACAGGUGCGAGCGCGCGCGGACAUGCCUCGGGUGUCGGCCACGGCGCUGCUGCAGCUCGCGCUCAUCCUGUCCGCCGUGCCCGCGCAGUACGUCAUCUCCCGCUGGUACGGCUCCACGGCCGCGCAGCGCUUCCACGCGACCACCAGGUUGCUCCGGAUCUGGAGAGACUGGAGGUCCUCGUACCUGAACAGCACGGCGUGGAUGGAGUGGAGCAGUGAGCAGGUCUCCAAAGUGAUGUCUUAUUUGGGUUCUGAAACAGCGACAGAAGAAACUCCAAAGGAAAUGCCAAUGGAACAAAUGCUGUUCGACAAUGACCAAGGAUAUUUUGGAGCCUCAAAGACAGUCCGUAAACCACGGCCUCCGUAUGUGUUCCUGCGCGUGGGAGAGGUCGUCAUAGAGACCAGGGGUCACAUGGUCGGGGUGGUGGUCAGCUGGGACCCUGAGCUCCGAGCCCCUGCAGAAUGGGUGGACCGCAUGUACUCUGACUUUGAGGGCAUUAAAGCAGAGAAGACUCCUCAUUACAAAGUGUUAUUUAACGGCCCUGCAGGCUCGUCUCUGCUGGUGGCCUACCUCCCCCAGACUCAACUGGAGAGAAUCACAGGCCUGAGGCCGAACAUUCCCACUUUGGACAACUAUUUCACUCAUUUUGACGGAGAGCGGUUUGUGAUGCAGCCAUGGCUCAGAGCGAUCUUUCCUGAAGACGAGGAAACUGACAAAGAUUUUAUAGAAUGAAUCUAUCGCUGAAGAGGUCAAAAUGAAGAACAAUCAAACAAUCAAAGACUCACGAGGCUGCAGUUACAGGAGCGAAUUUGGAGCCGGGUUACCUUUGGAACAGGAAUUUAUUUACGGACAAAACAGUGAAAUAAAAACAGCAGCAUCAUCUAGAGCGGGAUAAUAUGAACAUUUUAAGACCAAAAUGACAAGGCUCACAGCAGCAGUUACAGAGAGUGGGGAGAUAAUUUUUAAAUGUAAAGUCAAUCGAAUCCAGAGUCAGUGAAACCGGAAGUGCCCCCAUGCUCACUUCCUUACCGGGUUAGCUAUUUCAAUUUAUAUAAUACAGCCAAACAAUAAAUGAAACUAAUCUGUAAUGUGUCUCUCUGUAAUUUAAGAUUUAUUUGUCCUUUGUGCAAAACUGUGACAAUAAAUGCACUUUAAUUCUUAA